GAUCGCGUUACGUGGCCGGGGAAAAUGUUGCAGUAGCGCGGAGAGAGAAAGAGAGAGAGAGAAAGAGAGAGAGAGAGAGAGAGAGAGAGAGAGAGAGAGAGACUGCAGCAUCGCCGGGUACCAGAGGCAACAGCAGCAGCAGCAGUCCCGAGCAGUGCAGGUGAGAGGGAGGGGGAAAAAAAGAGCCGGAGGAGGAGUGAGCGAGUGAGUGAGUGAGAGAAUGCGGGACUCUUGGAAGAAAGACGCAUCUCCUCUCGGUCCGCCGCCGCUGCACGCUCGCAUCCUUCAACCCAUCCAUCCCGAGGACGGAUUACUCCUAAACUGAUAUCCGUCGGGUUACCGGUCAAACCCAAGAAAAGGUUGAGACGCCAGUUUUAUUUUCUUCUUCUUCUUCUUUGAAAUUCAAGAGGAAGCAGGACUAGGAGAAAGUCACUCUCCUCCGCUUCUCCUAACUUGCGUGAAGGAAUCUGAGUGCUUGGCACGUUGCUCCACUGCGGGGAAAAACGCGGCUGGAUCAGAAGUGGUGCUGCAUUGCAGUUUCUAACUGAAAAGCCUCUGUCCCGAAUGUGACUGGAAUCAAAAGAACUUCCAAAUGGGCAUUAUGAAUUGAUAAGAGCCCUUUCAGGUUAGCUCUGCCAUGUAAAGACUGAAGUGGAUUUAUCUAAAGGUUGAUGAAUAGUAAGCAGGAUGGAUUUCUUUCUCACAUCCUCGUGGCUUAAAGAGGCGAGUAAGACUGCAGAAAUAUUUCAUAGAAGUUGAAAACCCACCACUGAGUGUAGGAGGAGAGGAGAGACAAAAAAAACAGAAAAGAAAGAAAGGAUCUGCUGAAGUGAACUACACUGAAGCAUUUUCCUUUUUUCCCCGGACCCCAGGCGGCAGUCCGCAGAGAGCGAUAGAGAAGGUAAGAAAAGGAUAAAUCAGACACCCACGCUGUGAAGCUGCACCAGACCACAAAACACUAAUAAACUAAGAGAGGAGCCCACAGCUGGGGAGUGAGGAGGAAGGAAGCAAGAAGGAGCCAUGCCGAGGCUUGGUGCAGUGCACUCUGUGCUGUUGCUGCUGCUGCUGCAGCUGCUGACUCAGCUACCGGCUGCCGACUCAGCUCUCCGGUACCGGGUGGCGGAGGAGGGCCCGCCGGAUGUGAGGAUCGGCAGCGUGGCCGCAGAUCUGGGCCUCACGGCGGGCACGGGCAGCGGGGACGUCACCUUCGCCCUGGAGAGCGGCUCAGAGUACUUCAAGAUCGACAACGUGACAGGUGAGCUGACCACGAGCGUGAGGCGCAUAGACCGAGAGAAGCUCCCGCAGUGCCAGAUGAUCUUCGACGAGAACGAGUGCUUCCUGGACUUCGAGGUGUCUGUGAUCGGGCCGCUGCAGAGCUGGGUCGACCUCUUCGAGGGCCGAGUUGUCAUCACAGACAUCAACGACAACACGCCUUCCUUCCCCUCACCUGUCCUGCAGCUCUCUGUCGAGGAGAACCGCCCGAUUGGCACCCUGUACCUGCUUCCCACGGCCACAGACAGGGAUUUCGGGCGGAAUGGCAUUGACCGCUACGAGCUCAUCCAGGACAGCGGAGCCGGGUCAAGUUCAGCAAGGCGCACAGCAGGAGGAAAUCCCAUUACAAGAGUGGAUGGACUUGAUCGCAGGGGCAGAAGUGGUGAUAGUGGAGGAGGAGCGAGGAGCAGUGUGUUCGAGCUGCAAGUAGCAGACAUACCAGAUGGCGAGAAGCAGCCUCAGCUCAUUGUGAAGGGCACAUUAGACCGAGAGCAGAAGGACUCGUACGAGUUGACCCUUAAAGUUCGAGACGGAGGGAACCCGCCACGUUCCUCCCAAGCUCUGCUCCGGGUUUCCAUCACUGAUGUGAAUGACAACAGUCCACAGUUUGAGAGGUCCACGUAUGAAGCGGAGAUGACUGAAAACGCCCCUCCAGGAACACCUGUCCUCCAGGUCCGAGCUUCGGACCGGGACAUCGGCGUGAACGGGCAGGUGGAGUACGUCUUCGGAGCUGCCACUGAAAACGUCAGGCGACUCCUGCGGCUGGACGAGGCCACCGGCUGGUUGAGUGUCCUUCACAGGAUUGACAGGGAGGAGGUGGCCCAGCUGAAGUUCACAGUGAUGGCCAGGGACCGGGGCCAGCCUCCCCGGACCGACCGCACCACGGUGGUGUUGGCUGUGCGCGACGAAAACGACAACGUCCCUGUUGUGGAGAUCAGAAAGAUCGGUCGGAUCCUUGUCCGGGACGGGGCGGCGCUGGUGCCGGAGAACGUUCUGGUGGACACACCAGUAGCUCUGGUUCAGGUUUCAGAUCGAGACCAAGGAGAGAAUGGGGCCGUGACCUGCACAGUGGUAGGAGAUGUCCCAUUCACUCUGAAGCCAGCGGGUGAAACACUUCUCCCACCCCCGCCUGCAGAUGAAGCCUUUGACAGAAACAAGAAAAAAUAUUUCCUACAUACUUCUGCUUUGCUGGACUAUGAGGCCACAAAAGAGUACAGUGUAACCAUCGUAGCAGUAGAUUCUGGCAGUCCCAGUCUAUCCAGUAACAGCUCAUUGAUGGUGCGGGUGGUAGACAUCAAUGAUCAUGCUCCCAUCUUUGCCCAGACCAAUGUGGAGGUCCACUUUGCCGAGAACAAUGGACCUGGUGAAAGGGUUGUCACUGUAGUAGCCACAGAUGCAGACAGUGGCAAAAAUGCUGAAAUUGCGUAUUCCUUGGAUCCUGUCUCUAAUGGACCUUUUUACAUAGAUGCAGAUAAUGGAGAUAUCCGAGCUACAGGGAUUCUAGACCGUGAGCAACGAGAGAGAUAUGAGUUGCGAGUAGUUGCAAAGGACAAAGGAACACCCUCUUUGCAAGGCUCUGCAACCGUUGUGGUGCAGGUGACUGAUCGCAACGACAAUGCACCAAAGUUUGUUCAAGAAAUCUUCACAUUCUAUGUGAAGGAGAACCUUCUCGCCAACAGUCCAGUUGGUAUGGUAACGGUGACCGAUGCAGACGAAGGUGAGAAUGCAGAGCUCAGCCUGUUCGUAGAGGUUGAUGGGGCAGAUGGAAAGACGAUGGGAGAGAAAGUGGAGGGAGAAGAUAGUGGGAACGAGCGAGAAGAGCUAUUCUCCAUUGAGAACAACACUGGGACAAUCUUUUCUGCUGCAUCAUUUGACCGCGAAAAGCUUUCCACCUACACCUUCCGCGUUCGGGCCGUGGACGGUGGGGCACCCCGCAAAACUGCCACGGCCACAGUCUCCCUUUUUGUGACAGACGAAAAUGACAACGCACCUUCGAUCACCUCACCCGCCAAUGAGUCCUACACCCUCCUACCGCCUGCCAGCAGUGCCCGCACCAUUGUCAGGACUGUCACGGCCAUAGACUCAGACACGGGCCCAAACGCUGACCUCCGCUACGCAUUGGUGGGAGGAAAUCCCUACAGACUGUUUGAGAUUGGCCACACCAAUGGGGUUAUCACUCUGGCCGAGCCUCUGGAGCGCCGUCACAGAGGUCUGCAUCGCCUGGUCGUACGAGUCAACGACAGUGGCAUCCCUUCGCUUUGUGCCACUGCACUGGUCCACGUCUUCAUCAAUGAGAGCUUGGCCAAUGCUACCCUAGUGGAUGCACAGGUUGCCCGUAGCCUCAUGACCCCACUGUCUCUAGACAUCGCCGGGAACCCAGACGGCGAACGUGCGUUGGGAAAACAGCGCCUCAGUGUUGCCAUUGGUAUCCUCGCGGGAGCAGCGGCGGUCAUCUUGGUGAUUCUUCUUGUGGUCACGGCCAGGCAGUGCGGCGCUCAGGGCAAGAACGGCUACGAGGCUGGUAAGAAGGAGCCGGAGGAAGACUUCUUCAGCCCGUCGGGGGCUCAACCACAAGCCAGCCGAGGCUGUGGAUCCGACCGUGGUCGUAAACUGCGGCGAGACAAACGUAGUGGAGACAGUGGCGGCACAGCUGGAGGGGGAGGGAAGUCAGACAGAUCUCUGUACAGCGGCAUUGUCACGGUCAACGGCCUACGUCGCCACGUCAACGAUGACGAUGAGGAAGAACUGAGCAGUGCCAGUGAACGCCUGGCAGCCCGCUACUGUGCUAUGGAUGGGGACCCCGGUAGCCCACGAAUGGGCGGUGGCAGACGACAUCAGUCAAGCCCCGAUCUGGCAAGGCACUACAAAUCUAGCUCGCCUCUCCCUGCAGUGAAUCUCCAGCCUCAUUCGCCCCCGGCAGAGGGAAAGAAGCACCAGGCGGUCCAGGAGCUGCCUCCUUCCAACACCUUUGUGGGCAGCGGUGGGUGUGUGGGGAGCGCUGGCUCCAGCAGCAGCAGCAGCACGGGAGGGAGCGGCAACGCAGAUGCCAUGUCUCUGGGAUCGGACCAGUGCUCAGAUUACAGCUGCCAGGCUGCGAACAAGUACAGCAAACAGGGGACCCUUCGCCGGGUGACCUUCUCCGUCGUGAGCCAACCUCAGGACGCCGGCUGCUAUGACAGUGGCCUGGAAGACUCGGAGACGCCGAGCAGCAAGAGCUCGUCGGGGCCGCGGCUGGGAGCCCUGCCGCUUCCCGAAGAAGGUUACGAACGCACGACGCCAGAGGGCAGCGUGGGGGAGGAGGAGCACGUGGAGAACGACGCCAGACAGCUGCCGGACGUAGCGCUCACCGGAAAGUGCACCAGGGAGUGCGAUGAGUUCGGCCACUCCGACACGUGCUGGAUGCCCGUCCGCCCUUCGCCGCGGCAACGGCAGCGGCAUGGCAGUGACCCUCCGCGCCUCUCGACCUUUGCCCCAGGUGACGACAACAACAAUCUCCGUGGCAAUGACCGCGAAAGCGACAGCGAGAGCGCCGGCAGCGCGGGGAGCUCGGAGCCUGGAGUCGUAGUCGUAGGAGAAGGUCAGAGGUUACCCCUGGUCAACGGGGACCCCCUCGGCACCCUGGGCCGCGGAGACCGCAACAGGAACAUGGGCGACCACAACCGGAAUCUUCUGAACCGCAAAAUGACUUCGGCGUCCUACGACACGUUCAGCGGCGCAGGCCUUGGGAGACGCCAGCCUGAGGAGGAGGGAGGAGAGGGCCAGCACCCCCCUGAGGUCAUACCACUGGCGCGGACUGGAGGGGACUACAAGACCACCUCCUGCCUUACGUUGUCGCGCCGGGAAGUCUACCUGUAACAGCCCAUCGGUGGAGCAAUCUUCAUAAAAACUCCUAUGUUUGUUUGGUGAAAAAAAACAGGUUCCAGGCUGCACCGACGAGUCAUCGGUGCGGUUGGUCCGUUCAGCCUGCGAAGAUGUGAAAAUGUCAAAUAGAUGCUUUCAAAAGGCUAAUAUCAGACUGUGACGUUCAGACUCAGACUAACAAUUAUCAGCACUUACACUCGAGCGAGUAACUGAUCAGCUCUCUGACUGGGAACUCUUUCUAAAAAAAAGAAAAACAACUUUUUUUUAUACGACUGCUGAAAGCUACCUAAAAGGCGAUGACUGUGCGGGUCUGCGUGGAGGAAAUCAAUCUUUUCUUCUAUUUGUUUUUUUUUUUGUUUUUGUUCUUUUUUUACUAAAUUCAAUGCAUGCUCGACCCUUUGACCGUAGAGGUAUUUAUGUGAAGCAGACUGCGUGAACUCUGAUGCUCUAAAUGGCUGGGUGCAUCUAAACAAACUGAGGCUUCAGCAGGCCAGAAGUGGACUCCCCUGGUGAGAUGUAGCUGAAAGACAGCUGAAGUUUCCUAUUGUGGGAAAAAAAAAAAA